GUUCUGAGCUGGUACGAGCAAUGGUGUGUUCGUCAGCGAUGGCAAAUAAUUGUAGUAGCGGCUCUGGCUCUGGCUCUAGCGCUAGGCUUCGGGUUCUUCUCCUUUUUAUCUUUUUUCUCCUCCAUACUCUUCACGGAUCGUCCGCACCCCUACUCCAUGGCCACAGUGGAUCCCCAACUCGUAGCCUAUUAGGCACCGCUCGGUCUCAGAUCCCCGACUGCACCCAGUUGGUCUCCGACGCUUUGUGCUCGCAGAACCCAAAGUGCCGUUGGUGCCGAAGCGAAUCCAUCGACGACACCUGUUUUACCCGACUCGAGGCUUUGCGCUUGCCCAGACAGAUAAGCUCAUUGUCCUCGGAUGGCACUGGCAGCGACAAGGAGGGAAGUUUCUCGAAUUUGAAAUGCAUGGAACAAGAGGCAAGUGAAUGAAGAAAACAGAAUAUAUAAUAAUCAGACUGAGAGACGUGCAUCACUCGAGAAAUAUGCAAGUUAAAUAUACUCACUGUCAUUUCAUCUCAAUCUCACAUUCUACAUGAACAGGUAAAUCAGUGGGCCUUCUUCAACUUACAUAGAGGUGAAUGAAUCAUACAGAAAAUUAUUUAUACUUAAGAUAAAUAUAUCUUUAUCUUAAGGAAAAACCACCCCCCCAAAAAAAAGAAUAAAACUCAGAAGAAAUUAUAUAAAUUUUCUACCAUCAAAAUUUAAAUAGUACAGUGUAUGAAUAGCCGUCACGUAAUGCUUCACAGCAUCCCUCAUAUCCUCAAAGACAUCAGAGCCCUCAAAGAACUCUGUCAACUUCCCCAACUCCGUGUCCCCAAGAUCGUCCGUAAAGGGUCGAAUCGGAAUCGCAUUCUCCGGCUGAAACACGUAAGCAUUCGGGUUGUCGUCCACGAUCACCACCCGGCUCAGGUCCCUCCCUAACCCCAAUAAGUCCUUUACGAACUUCCCGUCCACCUGCUUGCACGAAUCCCAAUCCCGGUACAGCCGGUGGGAGAUCACUGCGUCUUGGUCGAGUCGGUCGAGCACGAGUGACGCGUACUCUCUCAACCCGGCCGUGAAUAUAACGACCUCGAAUCUCUUCCCCAGCGCCGCCAGUAGUUCGUCGACGCCCGGGCGCUUCAGUACGUAAAAGUUCACGACUUCGCCGUCGAUCCUGGGACUCACCAUGAAGUCGAACCGGUCCGGUGCUGGGUCGGUUUUGGAGUGGAUGAGGGUCUCGUCCAGGUCGAGAAACACCGUCCUUUUCGGCGAUAACAAUAGUGGGAGGUGCGUUGGGUUGUCGUUGUCGAACACGAGCGAUUUGCAGACAGUGUUUUCGGGUUGGGGAAUUUUCGUGAGGAUCUUGUAGCCCUUGUGGGACCGGUUCGGGGUGCUGAUGCGGGCCAACUUGGAGAAGAGCUGGAUGAGGCGGCGGUGGCAGGUUAAGAGAGACUUGUUGAUGGAUGCGAUGACGGAGGAUGAGGCUGCAACGGCGCCGUUCUUAGCGGGGGAUUUACGACGGUGGCGGCGGCGCUUCUGGCUGCUGCUACGGCAGUCUUUGAUGGACUUUGUUGGAGUUCUCUUGGAGAUCUUGGACACCAUUUCUGCGCUAUUCGGAGACACAGAGAGAGAGAGAGAGAGAGAGAGAGAGAGAGAGAGAGGGUGGUGGUUCUUACGAGUAGCGAAAAUUUGGGGUUGGGAGAGGAUUUAAAUUUGGGCUGGGUGCAACGGUCAUGAGUGUUGGUUCGGAACCGAAGCUAGUGGUUGUGCACUGGCGAUUGUGCUGGUUUGCUUGUUUUAGUGCUGGCUACGUGCCAUUUAUCCUCGUUAAUGUUCUUUAAUUAGAGAGAGAGAGAGAGAUGUUACUUCUCUUCCUAAUUUCUAUAACUAAGAUCGGUAUUACCUUAGUGAUGAAAAAGUCGCGUCAAUAACAUUACAGCUAUGUGCAUUAUUUUCCGUUUGUAUGGUCAGUCAAUCAUUUGACAUCACAUUUAUCAUCUCAAUAUGGAUUUGGAUUUUCAA